AUUUAUCAUCUGUAUGUUUUGUGCGUGCGUGCGGUUCGUCGGCUGGCAAACGAACGAACCGGGGAUUGCGACUGUACCGAAAUAAUUAUUAUUUUGCAAUAAAAAAAUCAAUUUACUUUACACGGUUCUAAAUACUUCGACACAAAAUGCGUGUAGCUUUUAUAAUUGUUUGAUAGUAUUGCCAAAAGCCUGACGUCCCGCAAACAGCCAAAAUGAGUAACUGGGCUAGAAGGAUGCAUCGACGAGCUGCUACAUUGAGCAAUGUGGUUACGUCUUGUGGGCAUCCAAACUCUUUGCCAUACCCAAGAAGAUUAGAGAAAGUGAAGUUUGGUGUUCCUCUACAUGAAGUGUGCAAGGAUGAUAUCCCUGGGCCCUUGCUUGUGCUGAUACUGAAGCUGAACAAGGAGGCGCCGCUGCGGCGGGACGUGUUCCGCGCGCCGGGUCACCAGGGUGCCAUGAAGAAACUGAUUCACUUCCUGCAAACCGGCCGCCUGGUCAAUGUAGAUAACUACUCUGUUUAUACUAUUGCUAGUGUGCUCAAAAAAUUCCUCAGGAAAAUCCCUGGUGGUGUGUUUGGCCGAGAUGGUGAGAUGCACCUGUUCACAGCAGUGGAACUACCUGAGGAGCAGCAAGUUGAUGAAAUUCGCAGAUUGCUACUGUCGCUACCAGUGUGCACGCAGAGGUUGUUGGUGCUACUCUUCGGCACGUUUCGGGUGAUGGCCUCCAACGCUGACAAAGCAGGUACAGGUAUGACAUCCGAAGCCCUGGGCGUGUCGGUGGCCCCAUCAUUUUUCCACUCUUGCGUGUCGGACGGCAAAACAGCUACAAUGGAGGACGUUCAGAGAUUCAAGGUGGCGACCCGUAUCAUGCGGCAGCUGAUAGAACAGUUCAGCGCGGGUGAUCUCUUCGGUCGAGACAACUACGAGUAUUACGCGCGGGUGACGGGCCGGAUACUCAGGGUGAAGGACGAGUGGAUCUGCUCCUUCAGAGACCCGCCCCCGCCGCGGCACCAUCGCGACCAGGAGGCUUAUGCUAGACAACUGUCUCUGGAGGCCGAAAAAACAUGGCUGCAAUGCGAGUGCGAUCGUUGGGGCAACAAAUUUAAUUUAGAAGGGCUGUCGAAGUCGGAGGAGUGCCAGUCGAUGCCGGCGCUGGCGGGCGGCGGCGGCGCGGGCGCGGCGGGCGGCGUGCUCGGCAUAAUACCCGAGCACAGUCUGCUGGACUCCUGCACUCGACUGUCUAUAUCGCUUGAGGAGAGCGUUUUUAAAGUAUCAGUGAGCUCGUCAUCUCAAUCGUCUCGCAGCAACUCAAGUCCCCACAUGACCCUGGAAGAGUUACGCGCCAUCAACAAAUACGCCGAGAGCACCAAGAGCCUCUCCUACUUACCUCAGGUGCACGAGCGGCAGCGCGCGCGCAUGCGCACGCGCUCGGAGUGGUUCCUGCAGCCCGCCGCGUCGCUGGACGCCGGCCGCGCGCAUGUCGCGUCAGGUGGCGAGCGGCGCAGUUCGCGGCGUCGGUCCCGGCGCGCGCGCGUGUGCGGCGGCGGCGCCGCGUGCCGCGCGCUCGCGCACUCCGACACUGAAGUCCCGCUCGCUCUCCAGCCUCGUAAAGUGACCGCCUGACUGCGCCACGCGCGCUCCGCCGAGGACACCAGGUAACGCGCGGCUCCCAUGCGAUGUCUUAUGCCACUACACUAGCUCGUAUACUAUAGCCUGCCAAAUACCUGCGUGACAUUACCAUGCUCCGUAAACAGCGGAUGUAGGCAUCAGGGGUUGUAAAGGGCAAUUAAAAAUGAUCCUGUUGGGAGUGUUUAUCUUGAGCCGUCACUGUUGGCGCUAACCUCCCACGUGAUCCAAGGGAGUGUCACGUACGAAUUUUCCAGUUUAUAGCUACUAAGUGCGGAUUCAUCCCCCAAAAACUAACCUCGGCGCCAGCUGUCGAAAAUUUGUCCUGAGCACCAAAAAUAGCAAUAAGUAUUUAACCUAGGAAAAACAUAGAUGACCAAUAAAUUAUUCCUUUAGUACGAAACUAUGAAGUUUAUGCAUGGUGUACAGGACAAGGUUUUCGUUUAUGCCGAGGCGCUAAAAUGUGAAGGGAUGAUCCAAUAUUCAAUAUUGAUUUUAGUAGCAUUAGACUAAAAUCAUAGUAUUUAAACACUCCUUCGACUGCUAACUGCUACUCUGUGUAGUAGAGCAGUUCUUUCGAAAACGCUUAAAAACAUUACCGUUCCUAAGAAGUUGUGUAUCAGACGUUUAAUACGGAAAUAUGGGUUGAGUAUCACUGCCAUUCGAUGAUGAUACAAAAAUACUGAUGCAAAGUAGGAACCGUAAGGAAAUGUGUUAAAAAAGUUAAGACUAGAUAUACCCAUUAGAUAGAAGCGUUGCGUUGUCUGUCAGUAUUAUCCGAGGCUCGCCACCUCUAGCUAGGGUAGUCCGGCGCGAAACUUUCUAUUAUAAUUCGUGGAGUCUUGUGGCUGUUGUGCUGAUUUACUAAAUAUAUGUGAUAGAGCGUAGGUUCUGCGAUAAGGAGUUUGUACAUUUUUAUAGCUGAUGUCGUACGCUUUAGGCCAAUUUUUCAUUUUUUUUCUCAUUAAAACGAUAUCAUCAUAUUUAUAAAUAAAAAUAUACCACGUCGUUUUUCGAUUUUUAUAUUCGAUGGAAUUAAAUGUCAACCCAAAAUUAUUGAGCUCUCUAUUUUAUAAAAAAAAUAUUUCGAUGUUGCGUGAAUAUUAAAUUAGUAUAACGCGUUUGUUUAUCAGAAUUUACUUUUCUGAAGUCUGUUGAAACUCGUUUCUACUAAUGCAUCACACUUGCGCGUUUUUUGUAUGCACACAAUUUAAUUAUACACAAUAUUUUGAAAUAAGAUAUGCAAUCUUUUCUGUGCCAUGAAAAAUGUACCUAAACUAAAAUGUCAAAGUUUUUAAUAUCAAGUUUUGAAAGAAGAUAAAAUGUACUGUAGUUAUCCAAAUUAUUACAUGUUUGGGGGCAAGUGUUGCUAAUGUCAAAUUAAUAUUACGACUAAACAUUCCUGUAUAUAAAUGGUUAGUUUAUUUUUACGUCGUAGAAUAAUACUUUCCUAACUUAGUUAAAAGUUUAUAACGUGUAGAAACGGCAUUAUUAUACUUUUCUUUGUGCAUUUCUUUCUACCUCAUACACGUUAAUUUCUCUGUUAUUACAUCGUUCACGCGGUAGAUAGUAAAUUCUGCAAAUUUCAAGUCAUGCCAAAAUUUACUGCUUACAAUUGGCUCUAUAUAAAAGUAUACAGGUGUCCGCCAAAAUUUGAGCCAGAUAGAAAAGACUGAGCUAUGUUUAGAGACGUUUAUCUUACCUAACGAACAAAUGCGGUUGAAAACUAUGCAUACAUAGUUCUCGAUUCAGUCACAUUCACAUAUUGCAAUUAUAAUGUUGUCUAUUAUUGAAUAGUACAAAAUGACAUAUUAUACAGUUGUCAAGUUUUUUAAUAAUGGUUGUUUUGUAUCUUUCUGUAAAUAUCUACAAUUGGAUCUUGAUAAAUUAAUAUAGGUGCUAGUUUAUUCAGAAAUCUUAUGAGAAAAUUCAUUUAGUUAUACCUAACGUUGACAUUUAAAUAUUUAAUAUUAUUUCCUUACAUCAUAACAUAAUUAUUAUUUUCACAUUAUUAUGUAGGUAGUUAUAAAAUAUAUAAUGUUAUAAGUUAAUAAGACUCGCAAUGGAUCAAAUGUUUCUUUUUUGUUAAAACAUGUAUAUAAUUUAGUUAUUAUUGGAGUAACAUGUGUCUUUGUAUGCACAUCAUUCGCACAUUAAUUAUUUUUUAUAAAAUGUACCUUUUAUUUGUAAGAUUGUAUUCUAAGACUGUUUUAGGUUAAAUUGUUUCAAUGCAGGUCAAAAGCAAUUUUCGUUAUGUUGAAUAAUAGAUAAUUGUUUGUACACAAGAAGUGUUCAGGCUUAGUGCCUGAUUGCUAAUGUAGAGGUUUGUGUAUCGAAGGCAGCUCAAAGUAAUUUUAUAUUCGUUGUGUAAUUACGUAUUGUUAAGUAUUAGCACUCGGCUAGCGGUUACAUCGCUGCUAUCCACGGCUACGUCAUGGCCAUAUUUAGAAGUACUUUUUGUUAUAUUUCGUUUUUAUUUUAUCACCUUUAUUAUAUAUUUGAAUAUAUCAGGU